AUGGACGUGGAUUACAUGGAGCUCCGCAAAGGAGCAAUUACAGAGGCUAAGAAGACCACCCUAACAGGCAAACUAACCAUGACCGACCUCAGCGUCGUCAAACUCAUGGACGUAAUCCGCAAGGCCGACUGGAAUUCCAACUGGGAAGCGCAAGAGCAAGGGCAAGAGCAAGGGCAAACACCAGUCAUCCGACCUCUCGAAACAACCGCACACUCCUCCGCGUUACUCCUCCAGGAACGAGGCAUCAAGCCACAAUCCGCAUGCGACCUGUGCAUAAAGACCAAGAACAAACCGUUCCAAUCGUGCGUUUGCGCGCCGGCAUUCCGCCGCCAUGCGCUUCGCCUCGGGGCCUGCGCGAACUGUAUCUGGCAUGGGCGUGAGGCGCAUUGCUCGCUGCGGGAGGAUUUUGUGGCAGCUGGGGGGAAGAAAUGGAUGUAUACGUUGGAUCUGAUUGUUCUCCAUGGAGGAGGGUUGUUGUUUAGCGAGGGGAUCGGACGUCGUCUCCAGGGGCUGCCUGGGCCUGUUACUCGCCAAGCUAUGUCGCGCACGCCAACUGCCAGCAAGGCUACUUCAUCCAAACCUGCACUUGCACCUGCACCUGCACCUACCACGGGACGACAGCAACAGCGACAGCGACAGCCUCCGCUCACUAAAUCGAAGGUAGAAAUGAAAUCGUCUCGCCGUCUGGCUGGCAACAUUUCCACUAGUAUCCUGGGAAAGCGAUCCGCAUCUGCAUCUUCUUCAACCGAGCCUGAGUCUGAGCCUGAGCCCCGAAACAAAAGAACUCGCCAUGCUAAAGACUGCGACGGCAAACUCGUGCCCUGGCCAUGCACCACCUCAUCUUGGAAUGAUCCCGAUGCUUUAAAGACCAUUUAUUCCGACCUUCGGCGUCAUAUGUGUGCUGUCAAAAGGCGGAUUGCGGAGUUGGAUAAGUCCGUUCCCUAG